AUGGAGGCCUGCCGCUGCGGCUUCACACCGGCUUCAUCUCCAACAGCCUUCAGAAGAGCCGGCGAGGGCAACAGACGGCCACGGAUCACUAAGGACGACAAGGGGAGAGAUCCCAGCUCCACGGGGACACAGAGAUCCCAGCUCCACGGGGACACAGAGAGAUCCCAGCUCCACGGGGACGCCGAGACAUCCCAGUUCCACGGGGACACAGAGAUCCCAGCUCCACGGGGACGCCGAGACAUCCCAGUUCCACGGGGACACAGAGAUCCCAGCUCCACGGGGACGCCGAGACAUCCCAGCUCCACGGGGACAACGAGACAUCCCAGCUCCACGGGGACGCCGAGACAUCCCAGCUCCACGGGGACUCAGAGAGAUCCCAGCUCCACGGGGACACAGAGACAUCCCAGCUCCACGGGGACGCCGAGACAUCCCAGCUCCACGGGGACACAGAGAGAUCCCAGCUCCACGGGGACACAGAGAGAUCCCAGCUCCACGGGGACGCCGAGACAUCCCAGUUCCACGGGGACUCAGAGAGAUCCCAGCUCCACGGGGACACAGAGACAUCCCAGCUCCACGGGGACGCCGAGACAUCCCAGCUCCACGGGGACACAGAGAGAUCCCAGCUCCACGGGGACGCUGAGACAUCCCACCUCCACGGGGACGCCGAGACAUCCCAGCUCCACGGGGACGCCGAGACAUCCCAGCUCCACGGGGACACAGAGAGAUCCCAGCUCCACGGGGACACAGAGAUCCCAGCUCCACGGGGACGCCGAGACAUCCCAGCUCCACGGGGACACAGAGAGAUCCCAGCUCCACGGGGACGCCGAGAGAUCCCAGCUCCACGGGGACACAGAGAGAUCCCAGCUCCACGGGGACACAGAGAGAUCCCAGCUCCACGGGGACACAGAGACAUCCUUGCCCCACGGGGACACAGAGACAUCCCACCUCCACGGGGACACAGAGACAUCCCACCUCCACGGGGACACAGAGACAUCCCUGCCCCACGGGGAGACAGAGACAUCCCAGCUCCACGGGGACACAGAGACAUCCCACCUCCACGGGGACACAGAGAGAUCCCACCUCCACGGGGACGCCGAGACAUCCCAGCUCCACGGGGACACAGAGACAUCCCACCUCCACGAGGACACCGAGACAUCCCACCCCCAUGGGGACACCGAGACAUCCCUGCCCCAGAUGUAUAAUGGGGGAUCUGUGCUGAUGGAUGGGACACAGACCCUGAGGUAUCCAGAGGCAGCAGAGGCCGGCGGCGAUGGACGUUGCUGUGAUGUGUACAGGCGGUUGUGCCAGGAGGUUGGCAUCGUGCCCGUCUCGUAUUUUAUCCGCCAUAUAAAUGACACCCACAUCAACCUAAAUCACCAUGGUUUGGGGCCCCGGGGGGCCUACGCCAUCGCAAUGUCCUUACUAUCUAACACAUCCAUCACUCACCUGAGUCUGGAGGAAAACUGGAUCCUGCCAGAGGGACUCACUCACCUGCUGCAUAUGCUGAGAGAGAACCAGUGUAUACAGGAGCUGAAUCUUUCUGACAAUGGUCUUGGUGUCCGCGGCUCCCUAGAAAUCUCCAAGAUGCUUCUGGAAAACAUCUCUCUGCGUAACAUCAAACUGGCUCACAAUGGGUUUAAAGAUGAGUCAGCCGGCCAUUUUGCUGAAGCUUUGGCGGCCAAUUCUCAGGUCACCGAGCUGGACCUGAGUCACAACGAGUUCUGCGAGGCAGGAGGCGCACACCUGGGGCAGAUGCUGGCUGCUAACGAGGGUCUGCGGGUUCUGGAUCUGAGCUGGAAUCACAUCCGAAUGAGGGGAGCCAUUGCGUUCAGUGCUGGCCUGCGGGUCAGUGACUCGCUCAGGGUACUAAACCUGUCCCACAACGGCUUCGGUAAUGAAGGCGCUCUCGCCCUCGGCGAAGCUCUGAAGGCCAACGGGUCUCUCCGGCACCUGGACAUCAGCUGCAACCGGAUCGGCAACGAGGGCGCACGGCUGCUGUGUAAAGGCCUGGAGGCCAACGAGAGCCUCCGUGUCCUCAAGAUCUCUAGAAACCCCCUGACUGUAGAGGGCGCCGUCUUCCUCCUGACCUCAAUAACCAAAAGGCCAGAAAACAAGAUGGAAGAACUAGACAUGUCUAGCGUCCUUGUGAACCCCCAGUUCCUCAGCCUCCUGGAUGCCGCCAGCCUCUGCCGGCCAGCGCUGAGGGUUCUGUACGCCGGAAAGCAGGGAUUCACCAAGAAGCAACCGGCACGGCGUCCCGACCCCAUGAAGGUCAUUCAGAAUUACCUGGAUGAGCACAAACUGCGGCUCCUGGACUUCUACAAGAACAUGGAUAAAGAUGGCAGUUUGAGGAUACCGGUCGGUGACUUCUGCAGACACAUCUCGAUGGCUGGGAUACCCCUGGAUGGGGAGCAGAUGGAGAUUUUGCUACAAACUCUGGACAAAGAGCAGACAGGGAGUGUGGACUACAGGGACCUUGUGGACUCUCGGAAGAAGAUGGUGAGAAAGCAGCGGGAGAAGCUGCGCCAGAAGGAGAUCCAGGAGCGGCAGGAGAGACAGCGCAGUGAGCGGGCCCUGCGCUCCUUUCACACGGCAGUCAGGGCCUUGAGUCCUCCACUACCUUCUAAAGUGGCACCCGGUGGCAGCGCAGGCUCUUGCCGUGUCUCUGCCGCUCUGCUGAGUUCCUGGUGCCAGGAGGGAGAGACUAAAGCCAUCCUCAGCCAGAGCGACCUCGUCGAGGGAAGCCUGGAGACUGAGUGCUAUUACAGCUCACAGACCAGUCUGGGCUCCCAGUGCCUCUCCGAGCCCCCCAGCCCCCCGCACUCAGGGAAGGGGCAUGGACCCUGAUGGGGUACUAUAGGCGAGCGUGAAAGCACCUAAUGCGUGUAAACGGCAGCGUGUAAUGAACGUGUGUGUGGGAAUGUAAUAAAACGGAUUUUUGUGGCUUGCA